CCACCUAUGCCGUCAUGUUGUUUUCGCGGCUUCACUCGGCCGAUGUCGUGAACGCGUACGAAUCACGUCUUCACGUAAAAAUCUGAGAAUUGUGGCGUUCUAUAAAGGGUUGUGGGCUAACGAAGUGUGAGAAUGUUCAUCGUUACAAAAGAGAUCGACAGCGAGAACAUCAGCAAGCUAUGCCGAACGUGUCUGAGAGAAGACGGCGACAAAAUGGUUUGUUUGUUCGUAGGACCGGCCGGCUCGUCUCUCGCUGCUAAACUCCGAUCGCUCUCGUGCCUCGAAGUGUGGCAAGGCGAUGGUCUCCCAGAAAAAAUGUGCGACCGAUGUGUGACUAGAGCGGAAUCCGCGUUGCUGUACAGGGAACAGUGUCGAGCGGCGGAUAGAGCGUUGAGGCAGGCUCUUUUAAAGGUUUCCGGACUGGGCUCGUACGCUGGGUGUAAAUUGUAUCAGCAGAAUCAGGGUUUCGUACCGGUGACGAAUUAUUCUCAUAAAACGUUGAAAUGUAUCGAUUGCGGGGCUAUAUUUGGGAACUAUCAAGAAUUAUGCGCGCACAGCAGAUUGCAUUUACCGUUCGUCCAAGACGACAUACCGAUGCAACACAUGCACAUAGUAGAAUCGCAAAAUCCGUAUUUCAAUCUGAACUUGGGUCAUUUGAGCUCGAACCUGGCCAAUGAAAACGUUCAGCAUUCGGAAUUAUCGCCUUUGAUCAGAUCGAACAUGAUGCAAAUGAUUCCGGCCAAUACGAACGUGGAGAACCCUAAUCGGGCGGCCUGCGCUUUACAUUGCUCCCUAUGCAAUCGCACGUUCACAAAUAGAACCCAAUUAAUAAGUCACAGCAUCGCACACAGAACGGAGAACGUCUCGGUACCCUGCGAUAACGAGAACAUAGACAUAUGCGAUAAUUCGAAUCAAAUACCACAGAAUUUAAGCUACGAACGAUCGAUCAACUCCGUUGGGAAUUCCAGCCAGAAUUUAUCUUAUCAUAGAUCUGCGGCGAACGAUAAUAACGAGAUGCAAAGCUUAGGUUUUCCUGAGAACAUGGAUCUAGGAGAGGACGUGAGAGAAGGUAGUCCUCAUCGCAUGCAAAACGCGAUGACCGAUUCAGAAACUUACAAUUUAACUAAUUGCCGCGCGAUAAGGUUCGCGAAGAGUCUUGAACGCGCCGACAGCGAAGAGAAUAUCUCGGAUAGGUAUCGGUCGAAUCCUAAUUACAAGAGUUCAACCGAGAACGAGGAGGAACCGAGGAGGUACAAAUGCGACGCGUGCUCCAAGUUAUUUUCUCAGAAAUCGAAGUUGCUGACGCACAAAUUAUCGCACUCCGGUCAACAACCUUUCAAAUGCCCUAACUGCGAGAAGGCGUACUCCUCGAAGAGCAAGCUGAACGCGCACACACGGCUCCACACGAAAACGAACGUGCACCCGUGCAAACUGUGCGACAAAGUAUUCGCGUAUCCGUCUUAUCUGCGGGAGCACUUGAAAACCCAUAAACGAACCGGCGGCGGCUCCGACGAGGGCAAAAGUUUCGAGUGCUUCAGUUGCAAGAAACGAUUUCGUCUGUCGAAGAAUCUGAAAGCGCACGAACGACUUCACACCGGCAAAGGUCUGGUGCGGUGCGACGUCUGCGACAAAACGUUCAGCCAAAAUUACAACCUGAAGAUUCACCUGCGAACUCACAAAGCCGCGCGACCGCACAAGUGCGAGUACUGCAACAAGUGUUUCGUUCAAAAGGGCAAUCUCGCGGAGCAUCUGCGAAUUCACACCAAGGUAAAACCGUUCGAGUGCAAGGUGUGCGGGAAGCGUUUCUCGCAGUCGAGCCAUCUGAAGAAUCAUCAGGCGUCCCACGCGACCGUCAGGCAGCAUCAGUGCCCGUUGUGUGGGAAACGAUUCAAAUUGGCCAAUCACUUGAAGAGACAUUUAAUAUUACAUAACGGGACGAAAUCGUACAAAUGCGAUCAGUGCGAUCAGCUGUUCUCGCAAGCGUUCAGCCUCACCAGGCAUUUAAAGAGGCACGAGUCCCAUGCCUAAUUAAAUAGUUCACCUAACACUUAUUUCCCUUUGAUCCUGUUUUCCUUAUCUCGAAUUCCUUGAUUAAGAAUGAAAAUCAGUACAUGGCAAAGAUACGUGGCUCAUUUAUAACUUUUGAGAACGGUGGUCAAUAUAUCGAGACCCUCUUCGAGUUGUUCCUUCGUAAUCGUGAGCGGCGGCGAUAUUCUCAAUAUCUGUCCAUGAGCAGGUCUCGUUAACAAUCCCGCUUCCUUCAGUUUCAAACAAAUAUCCCAUCCCUCGGCGAAAUCUGUAAAUACCACAGACGCGGGUGAUUCAUGUUCCGCGAGCUCGAACUUCGACUUUCCGAUCAGAACAAAUACCUUUAUUGAUCACCAAGCCGGCCAAUAAUCCACGCCCUCGAAACUCCGUCGCUAUUUCUUUCGGCAAUCUCUCUAACUCCCUCCGUACAAUUUCUCCGAGUUCCCUCGCGUUUUCCGCGAGGUUUUCCUCCUCUAAUACUUUUACCGCUUCCAAGGCGACCCUAUUUCCAAGCGGACUUCCGCCGAAGGUACUGCCAUGAGAGCCAGUUUCCAAGCAUAGCAUAAUCUGAAAGUCGAUGAAAUGGAAACAUUUUGACUGAGUGUCACUGGCUAUUUCAAUUAAUAAUAGUUUUACCUGGCUGUCCGCUAAAAUACCAGAAACGGGAUACAUCCCUCCGGACAGUGCCUUUCCUAAUAUAAGAAUGUCCGGCCGUUGAUUCUCGUGAUCGACUGCAAGUCGUUUCCCCGUUCUGCAUAAGCCAGUUUGAACCUCGUCAGCGAUCCACAAUACAUUAUAUUUGGUACAAAGAUCUCGCACGCCUUUCAAGUAUCCGUCCUGUAAUCAAUUAAUAAACUACGAUAGAAUUUGUAAUUCCAAAUUUCAUACGGAUAAAAAGUAGCUUACAUUAGGUAUUACAACGCCUGCUUCUCCCUGAAUAGGUUCCACCAUGAAGGCGCAAAUCGUCGGGUCCUGGCGGAACUUUUGCUCCAAAGCGUUGAGAUCGUUGUAAGGUACUUUGUCGAAACGUGGCACGUAAGGCCCGAAAUCGGUGUAACAGUUCGGAUCGGUGGAAGCGGAUAACGCAGCGAUCGAACGUCCACAGAAAUUAUUCUUCGCGAAGACUACGGUAGCCUCGUUUUUCGGUAUCUUCUUAAUCCUGUAACCCCACCGUCUAGCAACUUUAAUCGCCGUGUCUCCGGCUUCGACGCCUGUAACGAGAUCAUCGAUGCAUUCAUGCACUAGCCAGAAAUAUUAUAAUACGAAUGAAUGUAAUGUGAAAGUG